UAGUGGGGUUUGGCCCCACGAUGCAGGGUUGUACUAGUGUCAGACGCCUCCUUCGUCAGCUCACCCUGCAGACCAGCCUGCUCCUUCUCUUCAUCUUCUGCAUGGUUAGUGUCUUUAUCUCUGCUUAUUUCCUCUAUGCUGUCAAACGGGAGCUGGAACCUUCAGGGACUGGGGCGGGGGGAGGGGCGGAAGACUGCGACGACCUGCAGGUAUUCCCAUCACGGCUCCUCCCCCUGAGGCUCGAUGUGGGCGGGGGGAGAUCUUCGGAUGGAACCAGGACAGACCCUGUGGUACUGGUGUUUGUGGAGAGCCAGUACUCCCAGCUGGGCCAGGAGAUUGUUGCCAUCCUGGAGUCGGCCCGGUUCAGGUAUCGGACGGAGAUUUCACCAGGUAAAGGAGACAUGCCCACGCUGACGGACAGGGACCGGGGUCGCUUCAUUCUCAUCAUCUAUGAGAACAUUCUGAAGUACGUCAACAUGGACGCGUGGAACCGAGAACUGCUGGACAAGUACUGCGUGGAAUAUGGAGUGGGCAUCAUUGGUUUUUUCAAGGCCAAUGAGAACAGUUUGCUGAGUGCACAGCUGAAAGGCUUCCCCCUCUUCCUACACUCUAACCUGGGCCUAAAAGACUGUACAGUCAAUCCUAAGUCCCCAUUACUACACAUCACCCAAGCUCAACAGGUUGUGACAGGUCCUCUUCCUGGCGAUGACUGGACGGUGUUCCAGUCCAAUCACACCACUUACGAGCCAGUCCUGCUGGCUAAGACCCAAUCAGCAGAGAGCAUGGGGCUGAGUGCAGCUCUUCACACCUCUGUGGUACAGGAUUUGGGCCUACAUGACGGCAUCCAGAGAGUCCUCUUUGGCAACAACCUGAACUUCUGGCUGCACAAGUUGGUUUUUGUGGAUGCCCUGUCUUUCCUCACUGCCAAGAGGCUGUCUCUCUCACUGGACAGAUACAUACUGGUGGACAUUGAUGAUAUCUUUGUGGGGAAAGAAGGCACUCGUAUGAAGAUGGCAGAUGUGAAGGCCUUGGUGGAGACUCAGAGCGAAUUGCGAAAAUCGAUACCUAACUUCACCUUUAACCUGGGCUUCUCAGGGAAAUUUUUCCACGCGGGCACUGAUGAAGAGGACCUUGGUGAUGAUUUGCUCCUGUCCUAUGUGAAUGAGUUCUGGUGGUUUCCCCACAUGUGGAGUCACAUGCAGCCUCAUCGUUUUCAUAACCAGAGCGUCCUGGCCGAACAGAUGAUGCUCAAUAGACGUUUUGCAGUCGAGCACAACAUCCCGACUAACCUGGGCUACGCGGUGGCUCCUCAUCACUCAGGCGUGUACCCAGUGCACGUUCAGCUGUACGAGGCCUGGAAGAGAGUAUGGGGCAUUAAAGUGACCAGCACAGAAGAAUACCCCCAUCUCAAACCCGCACGCUUCAGACGCGGCUUCAUCCACAGCGGCAUCAGUGUCUUACCCAGGCAAACGUGUGGUCUGUUCACACACACUAUCUUUUAUAAAGAGUAUCCUGGAGGUCCUCAAGAACUGGACAAGCUCAUUGAUGGAGGGGAACUUUUUCUCACUGUCCUACUCAACCCUAUCAGCAUCUUCAUGACUCACUUGUCUAACUACGGAAACGACCGCCUGGGUUUGUACACCUUUAAGAAACUGCUGAGAUUCCUGGAGACCUGGACUCACCUGCGUCUGCAGACCCUUGCUCCACUGCAGCUCGCACAGAAAUACUUCAGCCUCUUCCCCAGCGAUAGGGAACCACUGUGGCAGGAUCCUUGUGAAGAUAAAAGACACAAAGAUAUCUGGUCUAAAGAGAAAACAUGUGAUCGGUUUCCUAAGCUUCUGGUCAUUGGACCUCAAAAAACUGGAACGACUGCGCUCUAUCUCUUUCUUAGCAUGCACCCUGACUUGACCAGUAACUACCCCAGCAAAGAGACCUUUGAGGAAAUCCAAUUUUUCAAUGGACAUAAUUACCACAGAGGCAUUGACUGGUAUAUGGAACAUUUUCCAUUACCCUCCAAUGCCAGUUCAGAUUUCUAUUUUGAGAAAAGCGCAAACUACUUUGACUCAGAGGUGGCGGCCACUAGGGCAGCGGCACUGUUGCCCAAAGCCAAAAUUAUCACCAUUCUCAUCAACCCUGCAGACAGAGCCUACUCCUGGUACCAGCACCAGAGAGCCCAUGAUGACCCUGUGGCAUUGAAGUAUUCCUUCCAUGAUGUCAUCACGGCACCUCACGAUGCACCUGUGAAAUUGCGAGUUCUACAGAACCGUUGUCUUGUCCCUGGAUGGUACGCUAUUCACCUGAACCACUGGCUCAACCACUACCAUUCCAGUCAGAUUAUGGUCCUCGAUGGCCAAAUGCUAAGAACAGAGCCUGCCUCAGUGAUGGACAAGAUCCAGAAGUUUCUAGGGCUAGUCAACACCAUAAAUUACCACAAGAUCUUGGCAUUUGAUCCUAAAAAAGGCUUUUGGUGCCAACUGCUAGAAGGAGGGAAAACUAAGUGUCUGGGGAAGAGUAAAGGAAGGAGAUAUCCAGACAUGGACCACGAGUCCCAGUUAUUUUUGAAGGAGUACUACAGGGAGCACAAUAUUGAGCUGUCGAAGCUGCUCUACAGGAUGGGUCAGCCUUUGCCCGGCUGGCUUAAAGAGGAGCUGCUUAAUUCCAGGUAGCAGCAGUCCUGGACUUAACAACCCUGCUCCGCAGCAGCGCACGGUCCUCAAUUAUUCUUAUUUGUGACUGAAUAUAAGGUACAACUUGUCAUCACCGGAGUGCAGCUGUCUCAUGGGAUCAAACGGCUUACCUUCCGUCAAAGAGUCCACAGCGGUACGAACCUCACUCCUCCUCACCUGAUUAUGGAGUGAUACGACCGUACACACCACCAGAGUCUGGAGUGGUGCGGCCUAAUGCCCUCUGACAGGAAACAUGCGGUACUGCUUUUGUUCUCCGUGUCGCUCAGUGGUACGCUUGAACCCUCUUCGCCAAAGUGUAAUGGACCAGUGCUCUCCUCUCAGAGCUAGAUGACUGCUCUUAGUCUGAAUGUGGAGUGGUUCAGAAAAUGACCCUCAUCUGUUAAGAGGAAUUUUUGGGCCGUCGAAUGAGAUCCUGGCCACUGCCAGUGUAUCCGGGGUUCUCACUAACCUCUGCCGGCUUCAAGAUGGUUAAAAAGCUCUGUUUGUCGUGUGGGUAUGAUUCACCCCGGGUGUCGUGGCGCAUGCCAGGCAAAGGUGAGAAAUGUAAUCACGGAUGUGGGGGGAGGAAACAGUAGUUUGGCGGGGAACACACGAAGACUCUUAAUUCUCAAAAUAUCAUUUGUUGCUUUCCCCACAUAACUAGCCCAGUGACGCACGGAAAGACUGAAUGCACACCGGAUGGCUGAGAAGUUCAUUUGUUUCUGCAACUAAAUUCUUUUCCAUCUCUUUCCUCCUUUUUCUGUGACUUUUUGGAGAAAGGAGUGGAAGAUAACAAGGAGGACAGAGUGGGGGGCGGGGGAGCAAGUUGAGAACUGUUUAACCUGCGAUGUGCCCGUCUGACAAUGAGGAGUUUACAUCAUAACUGAUGUCAUUAGUGCAUUCUCUCUAUUUUAUCACACAAACCAGUUACAUUGCCUUUAUUUGGUACGUCACUCCCCCUGUAUUGAAUUAACAUUAAAAUGAAUGUAGUAUCUAAAAUGAAUAUUCUUAUUCAGAAAGGACAGAUAAUAUAGUUAGUCAUUAUACUGAUUAAAAACAAGGACAUUACACCAUAUGCAACUGCAUCAAAUUUGUUCGGUUGGAUUAUGGGUGUUUGGAGGAAUUUACAAAUCACGAUGGUUUGUGUGUUAAAUGAGGGAAAUGUAUAUGUUAUUUUUGACUUCAGUGAUAUGAUGGAGUUUUGUUGAAUAGGCCUUUGGAAACACUUGCUAUUAAUUAUUAAUAUAAUAUUAAAGUGCCACAGCAGAAUCUUCAGUGUCGUGUUAUGUGAACCACUGAAGGUUCCUGUUUUGAACUUUUUUUUUUUUUUAAUCCCUGGUUUGUGCUUGUUGAUUUUAGCGUUAAUUUAACAUUGUGACAAAUGAUGUGAAAGGUACAGUUGUAAUAGUGCUAAAAAAAAAGCAAUAUGGGAAAACUCUAUGGAUAUCAACAUUUUCAACAUUUUUCAGGAAAUGCCAUAUGUGUCUAGCUGAAUGAUUUGCUUAGUUUAAUUUUUUUCUGUCAGCAUGCUUGUAUGGUUUUGGUCCUGCUCAUUAAUAUUGAAAGUUUGAUGAACUCACCCUGAAAUCUGAUCAGCGCUACAUGCUGGGCAAUAAGGACAAAAGCAACCCUGGUAACUAAAGCUAAUUUUCUUUUUUUUUUUUAACUGUUUUCAGCUAAACUUUAAAAUGGUUUAAUUUUCCACUUUUAAUUGGCUUAAUUUUGAAAGUUAAUUAUUCCCUUUGUCUUUUCUGUCCUUGUGACCAACUGUUACUUCAGAGUUGGGCAAUGAAAUGUUCUCUCGAAGAUUUUUGAAAAUUAAACAAGUUUUAAUUGGAUUCUUAAAUCUGCAAAUUAGAAAAGAAGUUAAUCUUCAGCUCAUGACUGCAUGCAUAUCGGUUUCAAGGCUCCUUAUAAUGAAAUGGUUCUGCUUGGACUUUUACGCUCAUUGGAAGGAUGCAUUUUGGCCAGUUGAUUUACUGGUGUAAAGAAUGGACAGUGUUCUCCCCUAGCCUUAUGGAGGUGAAUUUUUUGACCUAUAGCAGUUCACUUCUCAUGAACAUUGGUUAUUUCAGUGACACUACGUUAUUCGAACGUUCAUAUUACCGAAAUGUUUAUAGCAUCUUUCCUGUACUGCAAAACUGGUCUACAUGUUUUAAACUAAUCUGUUAAUAUAUUUUGCGUUGCUAUUAAAGACCUAUCAACGCGGGGCAAAGAAGCACAUGUUUUGUAAAUGUAAAUAAAACAUAAGUCAAACAUAAGCUAUAUGGUCUCAUGAAAUAGUCGCUGAAUGUGGCCAAUAGUAUAAAAGAAGCAGUUUCUUUUUCAUGUUAAGGAUUUAACUUGACUGUGGUCUGCAGCACAUGUAUUGUAUUUUGUAAUAGCAAUGAUCCUGAAGUUUUGAAGGUGGUACUGUUCAAUGUGUUUCUAUAUCAAACUGUGAUUCUAAACAUUGUGACUGGGGAUUCACGAUAACUGUACAACCACUGCAGUUUAACAUUACGCAUAAUAAAGGAAGCUGCUAU